CUCCCGUUCCAAAAUAAUCGCGCUUUGUGCAUCCAAGAUGUCGGCGCCCAUGGAGGUCGUGGUAACUGCUGAUUCUGCGGGGCAGUUGUGGAACUGCGCUAUUUUCGAUCCUCACACCGGAACAAAUCUCUUAUCUUACCGAGGUGGGAAUUCAUCUGCUCGCUCGUUAACGGUUCUAAACGGUGAAUACAUCCUCGGAGCUCAAUUAGGCAAGAACUUCAUCAACGUGUGGGAGAUACAACGGAAAGACCAACUGCAACAGAAAAUUGUGUGUCCUGGGGUUGUAACCUGCCUAACAGCCUCCCCUGAUGGGCUGUAUGUGCUAGCGGGCAUCGCCGAGGCCAUAUAUCUGUGGGAGGUCUCAACAGGAAACCUGCUGGUCGUAUUGAAUAGACACUACCAGGACUUGAGCUGCCUGCGGUUCACUGAUGACUGCAGCCAUUUUGUGUCAGGAGGAAAGGACAAUCUAGCACUUGUAUGGAACCUUGCCAGUAUCAUACAGUUGGACUCGUCUCGCACACCAGAGCCUCGGCAUGUGUUCUCACGUCACUCUCUACCCAUCACGGACAUCCACUGUGGGCUGAUGGGACCUCAGGCAAGAGUGGCCACUGCGUCUUUAGACCAGACUGUUAAGCUGUGGGAGAUUUCCUCCGGAGAGAUGCUUCUGUCAGUCCUCUUUGACGUCAGCAUCAUGUCCGUGACCCUCGACCCCUGUGAGUACUUCCUGUUCUGCGGAGGAAGUGACGGGAAUGUCUUUCAGGUGUCCCUCUGUAACACGGCUGUGAGCCGGGAUAAGACCUUCCAGUCAGAUGGUGAAGGCAAUCAGGUGUUCAAAGGCCACAGAAACCUAGUGACGUGCCUGUCUGUGUCCAUGGACGGUACGCUGCUGCUGUCAGGCUCGCAUGACGAGACUGUCAGGAUGUGGGACAUUCAGAGCAAGCAGUGUAUCCGCUGCAUCAACCACAAAGGUCAGGUGACCAAUGCUGCUAUUAUCCCAGCUCCCGGGAACAUGUUCCUGCCCGACAGUCGGCCUGGCAUCCCAUUACCUCGCUUCAGCCGUCAUCUGAACAAUUCAGAGCAAACCGAAGGAGCCGGAACCGGAGGAAUGUGUCUCAGGCUGGGUGCCACCUGCCAGGAGCCGGAGGAAACGUACCUGGAGAAAGCAGACCGACUCCAUUCUCUGAUGUGCGCUGUUACAGACAAGAGCGUGUUCGGCGAUGGAGAGAACACCAAAAUACGUGUGUCAGAGUUGGAAGAAGAGGUGAAGACCCUGAAGAAAAUCAACAAAGAUCUGUACGAGUUUUCCACACAGCUCCUUACAAAACCUAAUUAAAAAUAUAGAAGGACCUUCAGGACGUGACCUCAGUUUACUCAAACACGAGCUGGUCGUUAAUGACUUCAACUUCAGUCAAAUAUUCCAUGGUUUUGGACACACAGCGAUUUCCUCUGUUGUUGUUUUUUUCCCCCGAUAUAUGAGCUAACUGAUAUUCUGGAAGCAUGUGAUUAGUCUGUUGUUUUUUUUGUUUUUUUUUAAAUAAUGCUUCUUCUUCCUGUCUACACUUUUGUAUACUGUUUGUACAUUAUGAGACGAUGUGCAGAGCUGACCGUCAUGAACUCAAUAAAUCAUGGAGGAGAAUCCAUAAAUAAUGCAGAGCAA